GAGGCUGGGUGUCGCCUGACCGGAUGAUGACAGAAGUUUUCGGUUUAAUGUGGCUACUUUUGUCAUGCAAUCGCCGAUUUGAGAAGCCUGGCAUUUCUCUGAACACUGACGAGGCGUUUGACGCUAAACUGUCUCGUGUUUUAACGACAUAACCUCUCGGAGACGGUGACAGACCGCUGUGCCAUCUGGGAACUUUAGUUUUACUGGACGAGCGACCCUUUGGAUCUUAUUUGACCGGCGAGGAGCGCAGGAGAAAGCCCCGCAGGGCUGACCGAGCCGCCGCUAUGGGAAACCGGGGGAUGGAAGACCUGAUUCCCCUCAUCAACAAGCUCCAGGACGCCUUCAGCUCCAUCGGCCAAAGCUGCAACUUGGACCUGCCGCAGAUAGCGGUCGUCGGCGGCCAGAGCGCAGGGAAGAGCUCCGUGUUGGAGAAUUUCGUGGGGAGGGACUUUUUGCCGAGAGGAUCUGGCAUCGUCACCCGUCGUCCUUUAAUCCUCCAGCUGGUUAACAACGUAGCAGAGUAUGCAGAGUUCCUGCACUGCAAGGGACGCAAGUUUGUGGACUUUGAUGAAGUCCGUCUGGAGAUCGAAGCGGAGACGGACCGAAUCACUGGAUCCAACAAAGGCAUCUCCUCCAUCCCCAUCAACCUCCGUGUCUACUCACCGAAUGUGCUGAACUUGACUCUCAUCGACCUGCCGGGGAUGACCAAAGUGGCCGUGGGUGACCAGCCUCCGGACAUUGAGCAUCAGAUCAGAGACAUGCUCAUGCAGUUCAUCACCAAGGAGAGCUGUUUGAUUCUGGCCGUCACUCCAGCAAACACCGACCUGGCCAACUCCGAUGCCCUCAAGAUUGCCAAGGAAGUCGACCCUCAGGGGCUGCGGACCAUCGGUGUGAUUACAAAGCUGGACCUGAUGGAUGAGGGGACGGAUGCACGAGACAUUCUGGAAAACAAACUGCUGCCACUCCGCAGAGGUUAUAUUGGAGUGGUGAACCGCAGUCAAAAGGAUAUUGAUGGAAAGAAAGACAUCCGCGCUGCUUUGGCUGCUGAGAGGAAGUUCUUCCUGUCCCAUCCUGCAUACCGACACAUUGCAGAACGUAUGGGAACACCUCACCUGCAGAAGACUCUCAACCAGCAACUCACCAACCACAUCCGUGACACGCUGCCAGGGUUACGCAGUAAGCUGCAAAGCCAACUUUUAUCACUGGAGAAGGAAGUGGAGGAGUACAAGAACUUCCGUCCAGAUGACCCUGCACGCAAGACCAAGGCCUUGCUUCAGAUGGUGCAGCAGUUUGGCGUGGACUUUGAGAAGUGCAUAGAAGGAUCUGGAGAUCAAGUGGAUACCUCCAACUUGUCUGGUGGAGCAAAGAUCAACCGUAUCUUCCACGAGCGCUUUCCCUUCGAGCUGGUGAAGAUGGAAUUUGAUGAGAAGGAGCUGAGGAAAGAGAUCAGUUAUGCCAUCAAGAACAUCCAUGGAGUCAGGACAGGACUGUUCACCCCAGACAUGGCGUUUGAGGCGAUAGUGAAAAAGCAGAUCAUUAAGCUGAAAGAGCCGUGUCUGAAAUGCAUCGACAUGGUCAUCCAGGAGCUCAUCAACACAGUCAGACAGUGCACCAAUAAGCUGGGCUCGUACCCUCGACUGAGAGAAGAAACCGAGAGAAUCGUCACCACCUACGUCAGAGAGAGAGACAGUAAGACCAAAGACCAGGUGCUGCUGUUGAUCGACAUCGAGCUGUCCUACAUCAACACUAAUCAUGAGGAUUUCAUUGGAUUUGCCAAUGCCCAGCAAAGGACUGCUGCUAAUAUCACCAAGAAGAGAGUGAUGCCCAAUCAGGUCAUCCGCAGAGGCUGGCUCACCAUCAACAUCAGCAUCAUGAAGGGCGGAUCCAAGGACUACUGGUUUGUCCUGACAGCCGAGUCUCUCUCCUGGUACAAAGAUGAGGAGGAGAAAGAAAAGAAGUACAUGCUGCCUCUUGACAACCUGAAGCUGAGAGAUGUGGAAAAGGGCUUCAUGUCCAGCAAGCACGUUUUUGCCAUCUUCAAUACAGAGCAGAGGAAUGUGUACAAAGACCUUCGUCAGAUUGAACUGGCAUGCGACACUCAGGAGGAUGUCGACAGCUGGAAGGCCUCCUUCCUCAGGGCUGGUGUUUACCCAGAGAAAGACCAGCCUGACAACGAAGAUGCGAUGAAUUCUAGCGACACCGUGUCCAUGGAUCCGCAGCUGGAACGACAGGUGGAAACCAUCCGAAACCUCGUGGACUCGUACAUCGGCAUCGUCAACAAAUCCAUCAGAGACCUCAUGCCUAAGACCAUCAUGCACCUCAUGAUCAACAGCGCGAAGGACUUCAUCCACUCGGAGCUGCUGGCAUACCUGUACUCGGCCGGCGAUCAGGGCAGUUUGAUGGAGGAGUCAGCAGAGCAGGCUCAGAGGAGAGAUGAGAUGCUGAGGAUGUACCACGCUCUCAAAGAGGCCCUGGUCAUCAUUGGAGACAUCAGCACCACCACUGUUUCUACUCCGAUGCCUCCACCGGUAGAUGACAACUGGAUUGUCAAAGACCCAAGUCCUCCACCAGCUUCCCGUCCCGCCUCAUCCACGGCGCCUCCUCCCAGCCGACCCCCAGCGGUGAGGGGUCCCACCCCGGGUCCUCCUCUUCCUCUCAACCCCUCACCGGCAUUUGGAGCCCCACCUGUGCCUUCCCGACCCGGACCUCCAUCAGCGUACCCAGGCGACCCCAACUCUGCCGUGCCUCUCAUCCCGUCCAGGCCGGCCCGUGUUCCUCCAGGGCUGCCGCCGGGGAUUCCCAGGCGGCCGCCACAAGUCCCUUCUCGUCCGAGUCACUGGUGAGGGAAACUCACAAGUUGCAGAUUUGAACUCUGUAGCCACAAAGCAGUUCAGACAUCAGGAACAAGAGGAGUCGAGUCCUCGAGACGUUCAGGUCUAUCUAUUGUCUGUAUCAUUUGUGCAUUUCUGAAGCUGCUAAUGCAGAAUUCAUGGGCAUAGAUUAUGACACUAGUUGGACCAAAGCUGGCAUUCUGUGUAUGUUGCAAAUAAGUGAAAUAAAAAAAAACAAAAACCUCAGUACAUACAGGUAUGUUAUGAAAGUGACUUAUUAUUUCAGGUUUUUAUUAUAUAUUACAUAUAAAACGUUGACAUUUUUCUAUAAAUACUACUGAAAUAGUUUAUCACUUGAAAUAUUUCUGUCAAACCUGAAAACUAAGUGAAUAAAAUAACCAGCUAAUGCCAAAUUAUGAGACCAAGAAACCAUCUUUUGAAAAGCACAAUCUUCAUAUAUUGAACAGACAUUACAGUAUAUUUUUCAAUCUUCCUUCUGAACUAAAAAAUAAAGGCACCAGUUACUUCCUUUUUUUUUAUCUGAAGACACUACAAAUUAACUACACAGGUGGGCCAUAAGUUUCCAUACACAGAAAAAAUAAACAUUUUAUGUUGGACAACCGUUUUUUUUUUUAACAUAAUGUGCUCUAUAUGAUUACCAUUGUUUUGAAAACACAUAUAUCCGUUGCUCUUUCGUCAAACGCAUCUUCUAGGGUAACUGAAAUAUAAACAAAAUAUACUUCAUAUAUUUUCUGAUGUAUGGCAACUUAUGGCCCACCCUGUAAAUUUAAAUCUGAUAAGCUUGUCUGUUUAUACUGCAUAAUAAGAAAGUCCUCAAACUUUUGCUGAGCUGUUGCAAUGAAUUCAGUGUUAAAUCAGGUAAUGCUACAGACAGGUAAGUGCAGAUAAUUCAGGCUUAUUCCUAAAGAAUAUAAUAAAAUGUUAUUUGGUAGUGGUGUGAGUUUUUGUACCACCGCCAUCUUACUGUCGAAGCUGUUCUGCAAAUGUUUGUAAGGUCAGACAUAAGCAGGAGCUCAUACAAUAGCAAAGAAGUUGUGUGUCUGCACGUGUGGAUCUCUUAUUAGUUUCUGUGGUGCAAGGAAAAUUCUUAUGCCAUGUAAAUAUAUCUAAAAUAUACAAAAAUACUGAAUAAGUAUGGUUUCCUGAAUAUUAAACUUUCCUUUUAAGUGUAUUAAAGUUUCAUGCACUAGAAGAAAUGCUUUUAUUUUCAAAGCACAUAAAGAGGAAAGCAGAAAACUGCUUUUCAGGACAAAGCUUUGCGUUGGAAUUUUGUUUUAUUGAUAAAAUUUGACUGGAAUGAAUCACCACAUUCUUUAGAAGGUAAACUUCUGUAGUUUUUUAUUCUGCAAAGACAACUAACAUCAAAGAAGCCCCUGUGUAAAAAUGCAUUUAUUAUGAUCAAUGCCUCCCAUGAAAACCUGAUUUUUAAUUAUGUUACAGAAUAUGCAACAAAUGUCUUUUCUUAGUAAAAAAAAAUGUCUGAGUAAAAUCAAUUCUAUUGACACAUGAACACACAUCAGAAUAAAACAGCAUGUUUGAUCGUUUAAAAGGAAAGGAUAGAGGCCAGAAACACACACCAAACUAUCAGCAUGUUCACACUGGAUUAUCCUCAUAUAUACCUGAACUGACAUUCACGUACAAACUGCACAUUUAUCUGGAAAUGAACUGUCACAUGUACAUUAUUGGCUACUACACUAGAAAUCAUCCCGCUUUCUCAUUCUGCAUUCAUAUUUGCAUUGACUGGUACUGGAAAAAAGAAAUCAGUAACCUCUCAAAAAAAACCUCUCCAUCCAUAAGGCUGUAACCAAGGAAACACUUGGACUGAUCACACUUUAAAUCACCAAUAUAAUGGCAGGAUCUUACACUGUCAGGAGUACGAGAACAAAUAUUCCAACACCACUAUUGCACAUAGUUAUCGUCUGUAAACCAGCAGAAUAGGAGUGUCAUUUAACUGACCGGUCACCUUUACCGAUGGCAAAGUUACCUUUAGCCAAAAUUUCCCCAACACCUUUAACCACUUUCAAAAGUGUAGGUCAGCAGUUUCACGAAAACAGUUCCUCAUUGCCUUGUGGUGAGAUUUUGACAUUAAAGGCACUGCAUGAAAUGAAAACAACAACUUUCUCAGUCUCUUACAUAUCUGGUUACCCUUUAUGAUCAUAUGAUAUGAUAAUUAUUGCUCCCAAACUGAUCUGAUCCAGAAUUUUUAGAAACUGAAUACCUUUUGAAUGUCUGUUGACUGCUGGUGUUCGUGAAGAAUAAAUGAACAAUAACGGAGCACAAUUCGAAUGGGUAACCAGCAAAACGUCUUCGUGAUGGACUGUUCUGCUUCCCAGUCUGUCUCGUGUGAAUGUAAAAUAAUGCUUCUAUGUGCAGACUCGCCGCUUAUCGUCAAACAGUCUGCGGACAGUGUAGACCUGAGAAGAAAGACAACAAUAUAUCAGUGACUGCAUUUUAAAUGCUGUGACAGACUAAAAUAAGGAGUAAAUUCUUUGAGUGGUGUUAGGAACCUAUUUACCUGCGUGAGGGCCACACACAGCAUCACCAGCACACUGGCGCACGACCAGAAGGAAACUCUCCAGAGGUUAUCCUCCAGAAGGUUUCGGUCUCGUGCCUCAAAAGCUCGCAACACCGUCUGCAUCUGCCGACUGCGCUCCAAACGUCUGUGCAGAGAGUCCAUGGACUCCUGAGGGGGUUGAACAUAGGGGUAGAAACAGGGAGCAAAGAUUUAGGGGUAUGAAUCAGGGAAAGAGACAGAAGAAACAAGAUUAUGCCCAUAUUUUGAGUGCACAAAUAUUUCCUGUUGAGUAGAGUUUAAGUAAUGACAGCUGUAUAUUGCUUCACACAAUUUACAAGAAGUGAGUUUUCUGUGCCGUUUUUGAUUUUCUGACUAUAAUAUUGCGUCAUGCAACCAUUACUGUGGUUUAGUUAAUUUAGUCUGCUCUAUAGAGUUACUGUUUCCAUCAGGUGUCAGUAGUUAACAGAUUUCCAGUAGACAAUAUUAGCUAAAGGUUAUGAUUGACGUAAAUUUGCAUUUUCCUGACUGUCAGCAAAUCCUGAGAAGAGAACACAACCAACAGUGUGUUAGUCUGUCUUUCCCACUUCCCCAGUGUGUCUGUGGUUCAUAACCUGAAGCUCAUUUUGUUCCGACAAAGGACACACAAAAAUGGGCCACACAUGUAAUUUCCCUUUUUGAAAACAAUGCUACAACACUUGUCAUACAAGAGUUAGUGAACUUGUUGGGAAAUAUUUUCAGUUGUGUACUAAUACACUCUAGUUAGUACUUCUGACAACAGGUGCCUUUGUUCAUGCCUACAAUGGAGAUUGUUUAGACAUGUUAAUGCUGACAAUACAGGCUUAUUACAGGUAGAGUAUGCAAUGUAUUCCAGAAUCGUUAAAAGCAUCUUAAUAUCCUAACAGCAAUCAAUUAACAGAGUGUGCUGUUAUUUAAAAAAAAAAAAAAAAUAAUUAAAUAAAAAAAAAAAAUAUCUGUGGCAGUCACAUGCCUGUUAAAAUCUUGUCCGGUCAUUGCAUCUGGUAUGGAUGGUCUUCAUGUCUGUAAUCUGCCUGUGAAUUCAUUAGGAGUACAAAAUCUACAAAAUCUUGCACUGUUACUCAUGCUGGAUGAUCGUAUCGAUUUGUAUUUCUGCAUUUUUAGGGUCUCAAUUUUCUGGUUUUAUUAGUUUAUACGUAUCUGUAUAUGUUUGUCACCAUUCUGUGUUGUAGCCUGGUUGUGAGCAAGUGUUGUAUUCAUCUUCUAUAUUAGUCUACACUGGCUUUGAAUAGAACGUUUUGCAAAUGUUGUGAUAUAGCCUAUUUGUGUGUUUUUAGACAUGAGGUAAUUUUGGUGCACAGCACUCCUCUUCCUCCUAAAGUUCCCUCUCAUGUACCAUGUUGUUAAUGGGUCAUUAGCCAUGUGACCAGGAGUGACUACAUAUUCUGGUAUUUCCCAUUAGUCAGUUAGAACUGAAGAAGCCUCUUGGAUGAGAGGUGAAACAACUUCAAAAACCUACAAGAGAGGUCCAGUUGAUUUUUACUGAAGCUCCUAUGACUCAUGCAUUAGUUCUUCAACAGUACUCACACAGCGCAUGUUCAUUUGUUUUGGAGGAGUGGCUUUGAACGGAGACCUAAAGGGAGGCAGUGGGAUAUUUAUUUUUUGAUUUGUUUCUUUUCAGACUUCUAUUUACUGUUGCUGGUUUCUAUAAUGCUGCAGGCUCUAGCUUUAAAGGUUCCAUUUAGUGAAAGUCCAUUUCUACUGCGUUUUGUGGUUGAUGUAAACUUGGAAGAUGUAAAAUAAAAGCUGUUAAGAUGUGAA